AUGGAGCUCUCUGUGAUUGCAAGAAACAUGGAAGAAGUUGUCUUGCUGGUUGAUGAUUUGAGAUCGCUCUCUGGGAUUUCUCGGUGUAGAAUAUGUCAUGAAGAAGAAUUUGAGAGCACCAAAACCUUGGAAUCUCCUUGUGCUUGUUCUGGGACAGUUAAGUUUGCUCAUAGAGACUGCAUUCAGACAUGGUGCAAUGAAAAAGGAAACACAACUUGUGAAAUAUGUCUCCAGCAAUACGAACCUGGGUACACAGCAGUUCCUAAGAAAUCGCAAAUAGCUGAUGCAGCAAUGACCAUUAGGGAUAGCCUGCAAAUUUCAAUGACUGAACAAGGACCGUUAAACACAAGAAUAGUGGGUAUGGUUGAAGGAAACAAUUACUCUGAAUGCACGUAUGCUGCGGAUAGAAGCGCAGCUUGUUGUCGAUCCCUGGCUUUAGCUUUUACACUCAUCUUGCUUGUAAGACAUCUUUUUGCACUCCUUUCAGAUGGAAUGGAAGAUUAUCCAUUUACAAUUCUUACGGUCUUUUUACUCAGGGCCAGUGGAAUUAUUAUACCUAUGUACAUAAUUAUUAAGACGAUCGGAGCCAUACAUAACAAUAUCAAGCGUUACCAUCAUCAGGAUUCUGAUGAUGACUCGUCGAUUUCAGAUGGAGAUGAUGAAGAAAAUGAGACACCAGAUGAUGCAAUUUUAAGACAUUCCCAAUCAUAG